UACUUCCGCCAUCUUGAAUUGAGAAAUAACAAGUAUUUCGAAAUAAAGUUAUUUUUCAUAUAUCGAGAUGGGGAACAUCAACACAGUUGGUCCUAAUGAAGCACUGGUAGUCUCAGCAGAAUGGCUGAGCCGAAGAAAAAGAAACUGAAGUCUUGAAGACUUCGGUUUUAUGAAUAAACCGAAACCUGGUGGCUGCUGUGGGGCAGCUGGAAGAAAGUUCAUAGUUGGAGGAUGGGGCUGGUCAUGGUGGCUUGUAACAGAUGUGCAACGUAUCAGUCUAGAGGUGAUGACCCUCAACCCGGUGUGUGAGAGUGUUGAGACAUCAGAAGGUGUCCCUGUCACAGUGACAGGCGUGGCACAAGUGAAGAUCAUGCGACAACCUGACAUCCUCAAGACAGCGUGCGAACAGUUCCUGGGCAAGUCUGUGGACCAUAUUGAACGUGUCAUCCUGCAGACUCUGGAAGGCCAUUUGAGAGCCAUUCUUGGUACACUGAGUGUUGAGGCAAUCUACCAGGACCGAGACCAGUUUGCCCAGCUGGUGAGAGAAGUUGCCUCCCCUGACGUGGGCAAGAUGGGUAUCGAAAUCCUCAGCUUCACCAUCAAGGACAUCUUUGACAACGUGCAAUACCUGUCCUCACUGGGUCGGGCGCAGACUGCCAACGUGAAGCGUGAUGCUGACAUUGGUGUGGCAGAGGCCAACAGAGAUGCUGGAAUCAGGGAAGCUGAAUGUGAGAAAUUGCGCAUGGACGCCAAGUACACUGCAGACGCAAAAGUGGCAGAUUCAAAGCGACAGUAUGAGAUGCAGAAGGCUGCUUUUGAUAUGGAAGUCAAUGCAAGGAAAGCCGAGUCCCAGCUGGCGUAUGAGCUUCAGAGCGCCAAGGAGCGACAGAAGAUCCGCGCGGAGGAGAUAGAGAUAGAGGUGGUGGAGCGGCGCAAGCUGAUCGACAUUGAGGAGAAAGAGAUCCUCAGGAAGGAGAAGGAGCUGAUAGCCACAGUUAAGAGGCCUGCAGAGGCCCAGGCUUACAAAGUGGAGACCAUAGCUGAGGGACAGAGAACUCAGACAGUGGAAGUGGCUAGAGCCGAUGCAGAGAAGAUCCGACUGAUUGGUGCCGCGGAGGCCACGUCCAUCGAGGCAGUGGGUAAGGCAGAGGCAGAACGCAUGAGACUAAAGGCCUCUGCAUACAAGCAGUACGGAGACGCAGCCAUGCUCAGCUUGGUCCUGGAGACUCUGCCAAAGAUUGCCGCAGAGGUUUCUGCUCCUCUGGCGCGCACAGAUGAGAUAGUGUUGGUGGGUGAUGACCGCACCACGUCGGAGGUGAGCCGCCUCCUCAGCCAGCUGCCACCCGCAGUGCAGGCGCUCACUGGGGUCGACCUCUCCAAGGUUUUGACCAAGAUUCCUGGUGCCCAGUCCUCUUAGAUAUUCUGGUUGUUUCCUUGGAAACUAAUCCAACAACUGUUAAAUUAUUUCCUUUUGUAAUAAUGAGCUGAAACAGUUUACACAAAUGUAUUUCUGAUAAUCAGAAAGGAUGUCUGUUGAGUCAGAGAAUGCAGAUGAAAGGCUAAGAAAUCAAUAACAAAUGCAGGUAUUACUUACAUUUGCAGACUCUGUAAUGUCAUCAAUUUCAACUGAAAUUCUGCACAAUGUGUCUGCUAGAGAACAUCAAUAGAACACAAAUAUAUCCUUGUACAUUGGGAAAUGUUUUCCUAUAGCAAAGUUAGAAGUGUGUCAAACAAAAGCAGCAACAUUUUAUAAUACAUGUAAUUUUAUAUUGUAUAAUGUAUUUUUAUUUAGAAAUCAUAUACUGAUACAUUUUGAAUCAUUCAAUUAUUAUGUGAAUUGUUGUGACAUUCAACACAAAGAAUUUGAAUGCAAUAUUUUUUAAGAAAGAUCAUUGUUAAGCAAACAAACUGAAAAUAUUUAUUAUGUUCGUACAGUUCAUUAAAACAUGACAGAAAUAAACCUUUCAAAUAACAAUUUGUAACAGUUUUAGCCAUGUAUAUCGCAAGAAUACCAAUUACCGGAUAUUAUGCCCAUGUUAACAUGUAUGUUGCAUACCUGUUGUCUGUAAUCGUUGUAUUUCUUACAUGAGAUUUUUAAGAGUAUUUUGUUUUUGCAUUUGUUAAUUUUGUUAAUGAUACCUGUAUUGAUGUAGUCAUUAUUCAUCAUCUUGUGGUUGUAUGAAAAUUUGAAUUUAUUUUAAUUGUUAUUUUAGCUUUUUAAAGUAACGGAACACAUAAUCUGUCAGAGUAAUUGAUUAUUGAUGCCUGUAAGCCUAUAGGGUGACAAGAUUUUUAAGUAAUGUUUAUUAUGUCUUUCUUUAUUAUUAACUGCAGGACAAUAAGUCUGUCAGAGUAAUGAAUAAGUAAUGACUGUAAACUUAUAGGACUAGACAAUUUUAAUGUCAUGUAUAUCUAUCAAUUUCUUUUAUACAUUAAGGAAAUGAAUAUAAUGUUUGUUUCUCUAUAUGAUUUGAUAUUGUGUGGUACCUCAGGACGUCUUCAAACAGCUUUUAAUUAUUACAUGCUGCUGAUGUGUGUGGGGCCUUUGUAUUGUUCAAUAACUUGUUUUCAUUAUUGCUGUUAAUGUUUAAAAUUUCAAUAAAGCCCUUGUUUGAUUAUAUGAGCCUUGUUCUUAGAUAACUGGGCUUAAUGCAUUUGCGUAAAGUGUCAUCCCUGAUUAGCCUGUGCAGUCCGCACAGGCUAAUCAGGGAGGACACUUUCAGCUUAAACUUGAUUUUCAGUAAGGAGGGACUUCCUUGAAACUAAAAAUACCAUAAAAGCGGAAAGUGUAGUCCCUGAUUAGCCUGUGCGGACUGCACAGGCUAAUCUGGGCUGACAUUUUACGCACAUGCAUUAAGCCCAGUGUUCUCAGAACACAACUCAUAUACAAUUGUAAUAAUGUCCUUGGCUUGUGUGACUAGAACCUUCAUGAUCUACCACAUAUAUUUUGAGAUUAAUUUUCUGACCAUAUGUAAUUUAUAGAUCUAAAAACAAUAACUAAAAUAAUCAUGUUUGCUUAUAUAACAACACUAUAGCAUAAUAAUAAUAAUAAUAAUUGAUCGUACUAAUGUCUCCCAAAUUCUCUUUGACCUUCUAAAUUUUCCUUGAAAGACCUGCAAAUUUCUUCUUUAUUCAAAUUAAGGUCUGCAUUGGAUUAACUUGUUUGGAUCAAUCAAAUAAGAUUGCUUUUCAAUGAUCUGUUUGAAAUCUCAAAACAAAAGCGGUAACAGACACUCAAAAUAUAUUUUUAGAUUCUGAUGACUUUUUGAAAUAAAGCAUUUUCUUCUUAUAAAUGGAUUCGUUAUGAAAUCGUCUUGGCUAUAAGUCAACUUGAUGUUUGUUAAUUCUGUUCCCAUAUUUGUGCAUUUGGAUCAAUUUCAUGACCAAAUACUAGUAGAUAUUAUGAAAUGCAAAAAGGGCUACAAUCUGUGCUUUUCCAGUUACUUUUUGUGUUUUAUAAAACAGUAUAGUAGUGUCAGUGUCUUUCUUAAAAUUCUUCCUCCAUAAACUAGUCUCCCUAUGAAUGUUGUGCAGGUGAAUUCACAAACAUUAAUACAAAGCUUAUUUUUACAACUGGCUUCAGUGUCAGCUUUGAUAACAAUUUUCACAUAGUGUUAUUCAUAAUUUAAUAAAGCAAAGCAUGUUUUCUCCCUUGCAUUGACAUUAUGUAAGGUUGCAACCUGUAUGUUUCAUCCUGUAGGUAGUUUCAAUUGUUAAAAAGACUUCAAAAACCUCACUUCUUUGAGCUCAACUUGUUCUGCGCUUUAUAUAUUUAUUAAUAUUAAUUUUAGUAAUAUUGUAUAUAUAAUGUAUUUUUAGUACCACUAUUCAAGUAGUUGGCAUUCAUUAAAAUGUAUCGUGUAGAUGUUGUAAAAUAAUAAUAAUAAUUUAAGAAUGCCACAAUUUAUAAAAUAAUAAUAACAAGUGUAUAUCUUUAUUUUAAGUAACUUAAAAUUCAAAUAAAUUUUAAUAAAUACAAUUUUGGAAGUCCUUCAAGAUUUAUGUGUAAACAAGUAAGCAGUCGUGUUAUUAGAAAGAUAUUUAAUAGUAUUUCCUGCUCAUUCCUAUUCACUUUUUUUUCUAAAUGGCAAUCAAAGAUUUGUUUUCUUUAAUUAUGUUACAAUUAUAAAGUUAUUACUGAAAAUGAAGAUUUAUCUGUGAAUCCUGCCAUGGUGACAAGCUUUAACUGAGUCAUCUAUCAAAGGAGAACCUGUACUGUGAGAACAUGUUCUUUCUUAAAUAUUUGCAUGAGAAUGCUCAUGGUCAGAUUUUGUGAUCGCUUUUGUCAUCAUUUGACUUGUUAACACUCUAGAAGCCACAUAAUUGGCCAAUUAUCAUUAAACUUGGUCAGAAGAAUUUUCCCAAUUUAUCUUGGACGAGUUGAAAAAUGGUUCCAGUUGGUUGAAAAACAUGGCCGCCAGAAGGCGGGGCCUUUUGCCGUAUAUGGCUGUAGUAAAACCGUAGUGGCACGCUAGAAGGCACAUUUUUAGCCAAUCUUCAUGAAUCUUGGGCAGAACAUUUGCUCAAAUGAUAUCUGGACUGAGUUCGUAAAUGGUUCCUGUCGGUUGAGAAACAUGGCCGCCAGUUGGGCAUUUUUCCUUAUAUAGCUUUUGUAAAACCUUGUUAACCCUCAAGAAUUCACACUUAUGGUCCAAUGCUUAAAAAACUUGGUCAGAAGAUUUUUUGUAAUUAUAAUUGGGCUCAGUUCGAAAAUGGUUCCAGCUUUUGAAAAAAAUGGCUGUUUGGGGGCUGUGAAUAUUUCCUUAUGUGGCAUUAGUAAAACCUUGUUAACUCUCUAGUUGUCUAAUUUUUGCCAAGUUUCAAAAUGGUUCAAAAUGGUUUCAGAUUUGCUGAGAGCAGUUCAGUUCAAUGAAGUCUCAGGUGAGCGGCUGUGGGCCUCUUGCCCUUGUGUUAAGAUGUUAACGGCUUUGCAAUAUGUUAAUAAUCAUGUGUAUAAUUCUUUUCCUCUCCAAACAGAAACCUCUCCGUUUGGGCCGAUUUUUAAAAAACUUGUUUUAAUUAAGUGUUGUUUAUUUUAUCUUGUUUUUUUCCUUGUGUAUGUGUAUUAGAUCUACUUUAAAUGCAUAGCAAAUAAACCGUACUUCAUACUUUUA